AUGUAUCGUCCUCCAAUCGGAGACUCCACCACUACACCGCUCAUCCAAAGAAACCUUCGCAAAGAAGACCAAAGGAAACAGAAGCAACCAUUCCUCAUAGAUCUGCAAUGCAAAGCCAAAAAGCCUUUAGAUCGACUCUCGGACAACCGGUACAAGAGAGUCGCCUCAUAUCUACUACACCACUGGAAACCAAAAGAGAUAGGAAAAAGAGCAUGCAUUAAGUGCAGAGGUGCAUUCGCUUUGUUCCAGCUGCAGGAGGAUAUGAAAAAGCAGCUAAAUGGUGAAGUAAAUUAUACAGAGGAGGAGCUUGAGAAAUACAUUCAGUCCUAUAAAAGAGUGAUGGUUGAUUCUCUAUGGAAGCUCAAUGUUGCAAAUAUCGAAGCUACAUUUUUCCAUGUUUGUCAGUUGGUCCUUCAAGAUCCGGAUUCGAAAAGAGAGGAGCUUCGUGCAAGAGCAAGAGGGCUAAAAAUUUCAACUAAUGUAAGUCAAGAGCAGACGUAUCUAACACCCUGA